AUGGGCAUCAGGGCGACGAAGAACGCGGUGACAGGCGAUGAUCUGAAAGAGGGAAAAAUGACAGAUAGUGCAACAUGGACGGCCGGGGGUCCUCAGGUGUCCUCAGAUGUUCACGUACCUCAUGACUGUCGUCUGUUGUCGAGGUGCGCACGCAAUGACGAGGGCCUAUCGCGAACAGAUCUCGACUGUCGACGUCUCGGUAGCGCCACUGUCACCGGCGCUGUCAGCAGCGUCAGACGGGCGACUUUGUUGAUCGUUCGCAGAGUGUCAAAAAGCAAGAUUUGUGAGGAUGAUGUAAGGUACGAACGAAUGGUAGGCGACGACCGUGGCUACGACGGCGUCGACGAGUACCUGGCGGCAAACCGACCCAUCGGCCGACCAACGACCGACCGUCCGACCGCCCUACGAGCGUCGGACGGAACUGGACCCUCGAGGCACGGUGCCACUUGA